AAAUAUGCCUCUUGGAUUUGUGGGAUUCAGAUUAUAUUUUGUGAUUAUAGCAGGAGUGCUCUUCCUGCACAUCAGCAACACAGAGGAGCUUCCAGCUGAUCACCUCAACCUCAACCUCCAACCAGCCCAGGGGGAGACCUCUGUGCUGAAGCCCACAGUUCUGAUCACCAUCCUCGCACGCAACGCACAGCACAGCCUCCCUUACUUCUUAGGAUGCAUAGACAGACUGGACUACCCAAAGGACCGCAUCGCUAUCUGGGCAGCCUCUGACCACAGUGUGGACAACAGCUCGGCCGUGCUUCAGGAGUGGCUCAGAGGAGUUCAGCAGCUCUACCACUCGGUGGAGUGGAGGCCCACGGAGCAACCGAGCUCUUAUGCAGACGAGCAGGGUCCCAAACACUGGCCCGUAUCUCGGUUCACCCAUGUGAUGAAAUUAAAGCAGGCAGCACUCAGAGCUGCCAGACGAAUGUGGACUGACUACAUACUGUUUGUGGACAGUGACAACUUGCUGACAAACCGCCAGGUGCUGUCUGACAUGAUAGCAGAGAAUCUGACAAUAGUGGCACCCAUGUUGGAAUCAAAAACCCUUUAUUCCAACUUCUGGUGUGGCGUGACUGCUCAGGGCUACUACAGGCAAACCCCAGAGUAUAUUCCCAUCUGUAAAUGGAAGCGGAAGGGCUGCUUUGCAGUCCCCAUGGUGCACUCCACCUACCUGCUGGACCUGAGGCGCAGAGCCAGCCAAGCACUGGCCUUCCACCCUCCACACCCCCACUACCCUUACCAUGUAGAUGACAUCAUGGCCUUCGCUUUCUCCUCACGGCAAGCAGGGGUUCAGAUGUACGUGUGCAACAAGGACCAUUAUGGAUAUUUACCAGUGCCCCUUAAACAGGACCAGACGCUGGAGGAAGAAGAGGAGAGUUUUACUCACACGCUGACAGAGGCACUCAGUAAGCAUAGAUUUGCCUACACCAUGGAGCCUUCACAGUACGUGCACACUACGCCUAAAGAAGCAGGAAAGAUGGGAUUUGAUGAGAUCUUUCUGAUCAAUCUGAAGCGCCGCUCAGACCGGCGGGACAGGAUGUUGAGUUCUUUGGCGGUCCUCGGCAUCAACGCUACACUGACAGAAGCCGUGGACGGCAAAGCCUUGAACUCCUCUCAGCUGCAGGCCAUGGGUAUAGACAUGCUGCCCGGGUACAAAGACCCGUAUUCAGACCGCGUGCUGACUAGAGGGGAGAUUGGCUGCUUCCUCAGCCACUACAACAUCUGGAAACAGGUGCUGCAGCAGGACCUGCAGCAGGUGCUCGUGCUGGAGGAUGAUGUGAGAUUUGAGCACAGGUUUCGCAGCAGGCUGGUGACUAUCAUGGAAAAUGUACAGAGAGUGGGACUUGAGUGGGACCUCAUUUAUGUAGGCCGUAAGCGUCUGCAGGUGAAGGAGCCAGAGCUAUGGGUGAAGGGAGUCAGUAAUCUCGUGCACCCAGACUACUCCUACUGGACCUUGGGUUACGUCUUGUCGCUGAACGGGGCCCAGAAGCUCCUGCAAGCAAAACCCCUGAACAAAAUGCUGCCUGUUGAUGAGUUCCUCCCUGUCAUGUUCAACAAGCACCCCAAAGACGAGUACAUGCAGCAUUACGAGCAGAGGGACCUGAGAGCUUUUUCAGUGGAGCCUCUGCUGCUCUUCCCCACACACUACACCGGCGAGCCCGGCUACUUCAGCGACACAGAGACCUCCAACAUCUGGGACGACGAGGCCGUGGAAACAGACUGGGACAAAGGCGGAGACAAACACAGGCGUGGAUCAGAGAAAGUUGGGUUUGGACCUGCGGGUCCUCACUCUGCUGCUCGUGGUGGCGUGCCUCCUCUCUCUGCCAGCGGAAACAGGGAUGAACUCUGAGGGGGAUUUAUUUCAUGUUACACACCAUGGUUGUUUUAAAAAAGAUAUUUGGUCUAAUUAUGGGCCUAAUACAUUUGUGAUAUAACUAGAUAAAAUUAUAUAUUGGCAUAAAGAGAAACGUUCCAUGUAAAAAUGUAAUAAUUUGGUAUUUAGUAAAACAGUAAUAAGAAAAUGUCAUAACAAUGAACAUAAGAAUAUUUUGUUAUAACGUAUAAAGGUUUUUUUUUAAAUGAGAAACUUUUCACAUUGUAAGAAGAAACAGAACACUUGGUCGUGGUGGCAGCAAUACACAAAUAUAAUGCAUGAACCUAAAAUUUUGGACAGGAAUUAAAGCUGAAGUAGGUGA